AAAUUUUUAGGGUUAACACAAAGUGCCGCAUAUAUAUGCUUACAACUCCUCCCUCGUCGCCUUUCUGUUUUCUCGACGUUCUUCAACCCAAAGGUAAAGAGUUAAGUCGCAGACGAAAGAGAAGAUGUCUGAGAAAAAGGGAAGGAAAGAGGAAGUGGUGACCAGAGAGUACACCAUUAACCUUCACAGACGCCUUCACAAAUGCACCUUUAAGAAGAAGGCACCAAAUGCAAUUAAGGAGAUCAGGAAGUUCGCAGAGAAAGCAAUGGGAACUAAGGACGUUAGGGUAGACGUGAAAUUGAACAAGCAAAUCUGGAGCAAAGGUAUCAGAGGUCCACCAAGGAGGAUUAGGGUUCGUGUUGCACGUAAGAGAAACGAUGAUGAAGACGCAAAGGAAGAGUUCUUCUCCCUUGUCACAGUUGCUGAAGUCCCCGCAGAAGGUCUCAGUGGACUUGGCACUAAGGUCAUUGAAGAGGAGGAUUGAGAGAGUGUCUUUAUUUAGAACAAGUUUUGUUGGUUUUUGUUGCUGUGUUUCAAUUUAAAAAGUCUUGACCUUUUCACUUUCUUCUUUGUAGUGAAACUUGAAUUUGCUUAUGCAGUUUAUCGAAGAGACCCAAUUUCUUCUUGAUGA